AUGUUUUGUGAGUAUUGCAAACGAACUGGAAAUGUCAAAGAUAGAUGCUACAAACUUCAUGGCUAUCCAACCAACACAAGAAAUCCAAGAGGAAGAGGAAGAGGAUCUGCAGCAAAUGUACAUACCUCUGAGGGUGAUAGUUACAAGUGUGAAGAGAAUUUUGAGCAGGGAAAACAAAUGCCAGUGAAUCUGUCAAAGAGUCAAUAUGAGCAAUUGCUCAAUUUACUUGGAAAUGAGUCUGAAUAUUCAAACAAUGUGUCAAGUGGAGCUGCAAGUCUAGCAGGGCCCUUCUCUGAAGAGCCCUCUGGCACUUGGUAAAGCAAGGAGUGGUUUGUAUCUUUUUUGUUCAAAGUGUCACAUUCCAUCUGUAGAUGAUGAUACUGGUUCCCAACAGAAGUUUCAAUCUGGUUCCUCUAUGAACUACUGUAAAGCACCAUCACUACCUAAUACAAAACAUUCUCAUACAAUCAAUAAAAAGGUCUGUUCCACUGAUAAGAUUUCUAACUCAGCUGCUCAUUUUUCUUUCAAUCAAGACAAUGAAUUCUUAUGGCAUGCUAGGCUAGGACAUGUACCAUUUGUGAAAAUGAAGAGCAUAUCUACCAUUCCUCUAAAGUUUUCUAACAAACAACCUUUCACUUGUACAAUUUGUCCAAUGGCUAG